AAAGAACAAACGCAUAGAAAACAAGAUUUCUUCUAUUAUUAUUUUUUAAUUUACUUUCCCCUCAUGUGUGAUUAAAGUGUAGAGAAUUCGGAUUAAAUCUCGAAAUCGAAGAAUUUAAUUUCAAAUUCGAGAUCUCGUCCAUGGCUGCCCCUUUUUUUUCCACUCCUUUUCAACCCUACGUGUAUCAGAGUCCGCAAGAUGCUGUGACCCCAUUUCAAAUAUUGGGGGGUGAAGCUCAAAUAGUUCAGAUAAUGUUGAAGCCACAAGAAAAGGUUAUUGCAAAACCCGGUUCCAUGUGCUUCAUGUCUGGGUCCAUUGAGAUGGAAAAUACUUAUGUCCCUGAAAAUGAGGUAGGCAUGUGGCAGUGGCUCUUUGGCAAGAGCAUAACUAGUAUUGCUCUUCGCAAUAAUGGUCCAAAUGAUGGAUUUGUUGGCAUUGCUGCACCUUCUCUUGCAAGGGUUCUUCCGAUUGAUUUAGCAAUGUUUGGUGGGGUGCUUUUAUGUCAGCCAGAUGCAUUUCUUUGCUCUAUCAAUGAUGUGAAGGUCAAUAAUACAGUUGAUCAGCGGCCACGGAAUGUUGUAACUGGUGUAGAGGGAUUUCUGAGACAGAAGUUAACUGGCCAGGGGCUUGCAUUUAUCCUUGCUGGUGGAUCUGUUGUGCAGAAAAAUCUUGAGGUGGGGGAGGUAUUGGCAGUUGAUAUCUCCUGCAUUGCAGCCCUUACUUCUUCCAUCGAUGUUCAAAUCAAAUACAAUGGUCCGAUAAGAAGAGCAGUCUUUGGGGGUGACAAUUUGGUUACAGCCGUUCUAACAGGACCAGGAAUUGUUUUCAUCCAGAGUUUGCCAUUUCAUCGUUUUUCACAGCGAAUUGCAAGGGCGGUUACAUCUCCGAACAUGAGAGAAAAUCCCAAGUUUUUCGUUCAGAUAGCCAUUUUCUUUUUUCUAGCUUAUGUGGUGAUUGUAUCUUCUUUGAUAUUGACCGAUGUGUGAAAAUGUCUUCUUUAAUUUUUAUUGACCAACUUAUCACCCCCCCCCCCACCCUUUUUGUUCUUUAUUAAACAUAGAUUACGUAGAUCACAGUGUUUGCUUGUUGGAAAGAAAUGUAAACUCUUUUGUUCUUGAGUGAAAAUGCUAAUUUUAUCUCUCUUUUUUA